AUGCCCUCAUAUGCUAAAUUCCUGAAAGAAAUUUUAUUAAACAAGAGGAGAUUAGAAGAUUAUGAAACUGUGGCAUUAACAGAGGAGUGUAGUGCUCUCUUACAAAAUAAACUUCCACCAAAAUUGAAGGAUCCAGGGAGUUUCUCUAUUCCUUGUCACAUUGGGGAUACUAGUAUUGAAAAGGCAUUGUGUGAUCUUGGAGCUAGUGUAAGCUUGAUGCCACUCUCCAUUUGUGAAAAGCUGAAGGUAGGAGAUUUGAAGCCCACCACCAUUUCUUUGCAACUAGCUAAUAGAUCUAUCAAAUAUCCAGUGGGAAUUUUGGAGAAUGUGCCAUUGGAGGUUGGAAAAUUUUUUAUUCCUGUGGAUUUUGUGGUUCUUGAAAUGGAAGAGGAUAUUCGCAUACCUCUUAUUUUAUCAUGUUUGGGUGGUUUUGUUGGGUUGUUGUUGGUAAUUUGGGUUUGUGUUGGAUUGCUAUAUGAGGGAGUAUCUGUGUUAGGCUAUAAGCUCCAGCCUCCAGGAGCGGAGGGAGGGGACCAAGGCUUAGCCCAACACUGA